AUGCACCCGUGCAGACCGUGGACCCCUAAGCUUCCCAAGAACCUUACCACGACGUGUCACAGAGCCAGAGAUUUCAGUAGUCAGAAGUUUAACCUCGCAGACCAUAAAACAACACUUGAUACUCUCUGCCUUGCAUUCAAGGUUGGGACUGUUGAGCAGCCAGACUGCACAACACUUUCUACAACUCUGCCAAAAAGAAAAACCUCCCCAGUGUCGGAGAGCCAUCGCGCAUAUACCGAAGAGGCAGGCGUUCACGUGCAAGAGAGUCCAGGGUGCAAGGAUGCGUUUGCUGGCGCUCCACAACACAACGCAAACAUCAUCCAACUGGUCAUGGCUAUCGCAAGCAUAGAAUCUGGUGUAGUUCGCGAGGCGGAAAAUCAUAGGACUGAUGUUGAGCAGGACACCAAACAAGCAUUCGUUUAA